GUUAGGAAUGCCCGUGUAACGUAAUUCGAUAAUUAGUCUAUUAUUGAAACAAAAAAAAAAAACAACAACAGUGUAUUUAUAUAUAAAAUUAUUAAUAAAAUAAUUUAAACAAGUUAGCAAAACAACAAUUACAAUGCGUGUGUGUGUUAGUGUUCAUGUCCUGUUCAUCCCGUUUGAACAAGGGUGCAGAAAGAAGGUCCUUAUAGCAGCGAAAGGAACACCAUUCGGACUUCCAUCACGACAGCUCCAUCCAUCACCGAGGAGAUGCUGUUGAAAUUUAUUGCUGCUACUUCGUGGCUCGCCGCGACGUCUUUUGCGCGCCACAACACAAAGGCAAUCGUCUCCGGUUCUGAAUGUGGCAAUUCUCGGCGCCCAUCAUAGCGACGAAAUGGACGAGAAGUCGAGAAAAGAAGAUGCAUUUCCGCAAUUUGCAAAAGGCAGCAGCCGGGACGAGCUCUGGAUGAUGUCGAUGAUGCAGGUGGUUGCCACAUUGGCCGUCGUCUCGCGUUGGUGGGCUUUAAUUUAAUUUGAAUUAUAUGAAGGAUCGGAGCAGAACGGCGGUACGACGCGAGCUGACGAUGAUCGUCCGGUGGCCAAAAAUGGUGCGACCCGCCAGCGGUUUGUUGCUGGUCUGCGCAUUGUUGGCCGUUUGGUUCGAUCUGUCCGAUGGUUGGCGUUAUGACAGAGUGCCCAGACUGUAUGGAGACAAGGUGCCGACGAAGGCAAUUUCGCCCCGAUUGCGCAAAGUCCAGCGGCGGAUCGUGAUGCUGCACGACUCGUACCGCACCAAGGUGGUACCACCGGCCGCGAAUAUGCUAAACAUGAAAUGGCACCACGGUGCGGCCCGUUCCGCCCAGAAAUGGGCAAAUCAGUGCCGCGUCCUAACGCACGACACACCGAAGGGCCGUUGGAUCGACAACUUCGGAGCCUGCGGUCAGAACAUCUUCGUCUCGACGCAUCGUGUACCUUGGAUGUUCGCCUUGCGGACGUGGUUUUUGGAGCGGCAAAACUUCACGUACGGCUCCAGCCGGAACGAUCUGGACAGCGUCGGGCACUACACGCAGAUGGUGUGGGCCGCCACGCACAAGGUCGGCUGCGGGCUAACCAAAUGUCCGAAGGGUGGCCCCCGGGGGAAACCGUUCUACAACUACGUCUGCAACUACUGCCCGAUCGGAAAUCAUGAGGAGAAACUGGGCCUACCGUACAAGCGGGGCCGCCCGUGUGGUUCCUGUAUGCCCAACUGUCUAUCCCGUAAAAUAAGACUCUGCACCAACUCGUGCAAUACCGCCGAUCUGUGGGCAAACUGUCGCGAUCUGUACCGGACCUGGCCCGGGUGGCUCUGCAAUACUGCCACGCCGGAGGGGCUGGAGCGCCAGCGGAACUGUGCGGCCACGUGCACCUGCCAAGGGAAGAUUCACGACUGAACGGAGAGGGGUGAGGGUGGCCAAAGGGCGUUAAGGGUGGAUAUGGGGAGCGGGUGGGAAGGGGAAGGGAAUGUUGUACUUACAAAUUAAGCUGUUUCGGCCAGUGCCAUUUGUAUGCUAGAGAAGAGUACUGCAGGCAGAACGUAGAAAAAGAGGAAGAAGAAUAAGAAGAAGUAAAAGAAGAAGAAUAAAAAAAGAAAAAGUCGAAGAAGAAUUCAA